AUGGCGGGCUGGUGGCGGGAGUUCCUGCGCACCGCCGGGCGCUACCCUUGGCCCACGAACGUGCUGCUCUACGCCGCACUCUUCUCAGCCGGCGACGUGCUGCAGCAGCGGCUGCGGGGCGGCCCUGCCGACUGGAGGCAGCCGCGUCACGCGGCCACCGUGGCGGUGGCCUUCCACGCCAACUUCAACUACGUGUGGCUGCGCCUGCUGGAGCGCGCGCUGCCGGGGCGCGCGUCGCGCACCGUCCUGGCCAAGGUGAUGUGCGACCAGGCGUUCGGCGGGCCGGUGUGCGUCUCUGCCUUCUACUUCGGUAUGAGUAUUCUGCAGGAAAAGGAAGACAUAUUUUUGGACCUGAGACAGAAAUUCUGGAAUACAAAUAAGCCCAAUGCUUUGCCCAAAGGAGUUCAAGAAAUACUGGUUGGUUGA